AUAAAGCAGAUGAUGAUAUCACACAAGAUACAUAUGAAGAACAUUCCAUUAUCCCAGAUACACCCUCAGCCCUUCACAGCCAAGAUCUGUCAUCUCAUCCUUAUAUACAGGUCCUGUCUUCUCAGUCAUCACAGGAUGUUCAGCAAAAUAAAAGUCACAAAAGGGGUGCUGGACAUCAAAGAGAUUGUGCAGGGAAGAAGCAAUAUUCAUGUUCAGUAUGUGGAAAAUGUUUUACUUCUAAAUCAAGUCUUGUUGAACAUCAGAGAACUCACACAGGGGAUAAACCAUUUUUAUGUUCAGAAUGUGGAAAAUGUUUUACUUUUAAAUCACGGCUUGUUAGACAUCAGAGAAUUCACACAGGAGAGAAGCCAUUUGUAUGUUCAGAAUGUGGAAAAUAUUUUACUCAGAGAUCACAUCUGUCUGAACAUCAAAAAAUUCAUAUUGGAGAGAAGCCAUUUUCAUGUUCAGAAUGUGGUAAAUGUUUUACUCAGAGAUCACAUCUGUCUGAACAUCAAAAAAUUCAUAUUGGAGAGAAGCCAUUUUCAUGUUCAGAAUGUGGAAAAUGUUUUACUCAGAGAUCACAUCUGUCUGAACAUCAAAAAAUUCAUAUUGGAGAGAAGCCAUUUUUAUGCUCAGAAUGUGGAAAAUGUUUUACUUCCAAAUCAUGGCUUGUUCAACAUCAGAGAACCCACACAGGAGAGAAGCCAUAUUCAUGUGCAGAAUGUGGAAAAUGUUUUACUCGAAAGGCAAGUCUUCUUAUACACCAAAGAACGCACACAAAGUAGCCUUCUAACUUGUCAAAUUGUACAAAAACUACAACAUUGCAGUCAAAGUCACAAGAGACAUCAAUUUAGAGCAAUAAAUUUACAUGGGAAAAGUAGAAGUAUUCCAAAAAAUGUCUGAUAUACAAAAUGCAAACAGAAUCCAAAUAACACAUCUGUAUAUAUGU